GUAGUAGUGUUGCGCUGGUUGCGCUCCUCAUCAAGUAGCAGCAGCAGCCAAAAAAAAGAGUGUACAUGGAACGCGUAUUGCUAUAUGCACACAAGUAGCGUGAAAAAGAAAUUCAAGCGUCUCCCAAAUAUUGUCCAUCCAAAAGUUUCGCUGUCCGAAUUAUCAUGAAUGUUGAGGGAUAAUAAAUCCAAGAAAAAGUUUCGAACCCGACAGAUCGACUCAAAAUCUCCAAUGGUUUCGAUUGCAAAGAAAAUAACAACGAGGACGAUUGCACGGGUGCAAUAAGUCAGGACCAGCGGUAACUUAACCUGGAAAACGAAACGAAAACACAAAUAAAAUGACGGCGACCCCGGUGUCGAAAAAAGUGUCGUAUUUCUACAACCCGGACGUGGGUAAUUUUCAUUAUGGACCGGGGCAUCCGAUGAAGCCGCAUAGGCUUUCUGUCAUUCACAGUCUCGUGCUUAAUUAUGGAUUGCACAAAAAAAUGCAAAUAUAUCGCCCUUACAGAGCGAGUACCCACGAUAUGUGUCGUUUCCAUUCGGACGAGUAUGUUGAAUUUCUACAGCGUGUAACACCACAAAAUCUUCAAGGUUACACAAAGUACCUGAGCCAUUUCAACGUUGGUGACGAUUGUCCGGUCUUCGAAGGGCUCUUUGACUUCUGUUCCAUGUACACAGGAGCAUCCUUGGAAGGAGCGACUAAACUAAACAACAAUUGUUGUGAUAUAGCAAUAAAUUGGAGCGGAGGUUUGCAUCACGCUAAGAAGUUUGAAGCUUCCGGCUUCUGUUACAUCAACGAUAUAGUCAUAGCGAUUCUGGAGUUACUCAAGUAUCAUGCAAGAGUAUUGUACAUAGACAUAGACGUACAUCACGGAGACGGAGUUCAAGAAGCUUUUUACCUCACGGACAGAGUGAUGACUGUAUCUUUUCAUAAAUAUGGAAAUUAUUUUUUCCCAGGAACAGGAGACAUGUAUGAAAUAGGUGCAGAAAGCGGAAGAUAUUAUUCCGUCAAUGUGCCACUGAAAGAAGGUAUCGACGAUCCUUCCUACGUUGCUCUCUUCAAACCAGUCAUAGCUAAUGUAAUGGAAUUUUUCCAACCUACCGCUAUUGUUCUCCAGUGUGGAGCUGAUUCACUGGCCAACGACCGACUCGGUUGUUUUAGUCUGAGUACAAAAGGACACGGCGAAUGUGUCAAAUUCGUUAGAGAUUUGAACGUUCCCCUGUUGACCGUUGGUGGUGGAGGAUACACCUUGAGGAACGUCGCGCGCUGUUGGACUUACGAAACCUCAUUGCUCGUUGACGAACAAAUAAGCAACGAAUUACCAUACACAGAGUAUCUCGAAUACUUUGCUCCAGAUUUCACGCUUCAUCCCGAAGUCGUCACGCGACAGGACAAUGCCAAUAGUAAGCAGUAUCUCGAAGCCAUCGCCAAACACGUUUACGACAAUUUAAAAAUGGUUCAACACUCGCCCAGCGUACAAAUGCAUGAUGUACCUUGCGACGCUCUACCACCUGAAGAAGACAGACAGCCCGAACCAGAUCCUGACUCCAGACAAAACACUCAGGACACCGACAAAAUAAUUGAACCGGCCAACGAAUACUACUCCGGCGAUAAGGAUCAGGAUAAAAUGGACGUUACAGAAACGUGAUGGCCCUUUUUACACAAAGAUUAUUCCUCGUACAUGAAAUUUUUUAUGUCCAACAUUACGACUAUUGAUUGCAACAAAAUUUUUUUUCUCUUCUACCAUUUUUGGCAUGCUCGGAUUUUAAAAAAUAAGCGAAAAUUUCAAAUGAAUAUCUUUCUAGUAUGUGAAACGAGUGUUGACACACGGGGAGUACAAAAUUGAGAUAAGAAUUUGUGUUGCGUCGUAUGAAAGUUGACUUCAACAUCAUCAAGAACCAGUUUCCGAUUUGUAAAUAAAAUUCAACGCCUGUAAAUAUAUUUCUAGUAUAGCAUACUUUUUUUACUCACGGGACAACUUUUAUUGAAACAUAUAUGUUGAAUAAAUACUUCUACACAUUGUAAGUUA